GUGACAAUGCUGCAAAAUCUGGGCUCAUCCAAUGUGGCCCCUCCACGCUCCAGGGCGUUCUGAUCUGCUGCUUGGACAUCUGGGCCGUUUGGCUGAAUUUGGAGUGUGGAUGCGUGGUCCCUGUCUUGCACACAGAGGCUGGGCACCAUAACUUCUUCCGUGCCCAAUUUAAGCGCGUGGGGGGAGCUGGCAGGGACAGAGGCUGCAGAGAUGCCUGGCUUCCUGUGGUUCUGGGCACAGCGCGCCUCAGUCUGCAUUGGGCUGACACCAGACAGCGUGUGGGGAUUUUCCUAGUUGCCCGAGAUAUUAUUUGACGUUGCUGUAGUUCUGUGCGUACUUCUCCUGGGAUCUGCAGUGGUGCAGAUCCCUUGUUUUUAAACCCUUUUCUUUGAAAAGAUAACAAUGCUGUAUUCAGCAGAAAUGGAUACAGGAAGAGCAACAUAGUUCAAACGUUAAAGGAGGCAUCUUCUUUUUUCCUGCAAUUCAAACGCGAAUUAGAAGGGCAGAUGCCCUACCCGAAAAGGCCAGCCUUUAAAGACCCCGGCAGUGCUGUGGUCCAAGGCCUAUCAAAGCAGGUGGCCAGAUCUGCGUUUCUCAUCAGCGGACUCGCUCCGGCUGUGACUAUUACGAAUCUGUACCAGAACAGGUUUCUAGGCCUGGCCGCCAUGGCCUCUCCAUCCAGAAACUCGCAGAGCCGCCGCCGGUGCAAGGAGCCGCUGCGCUACAGCUACCACCCCGACCAGUUCCCCAGCGUGGACCUCGGGGGCGGCCCCCACGGCGUCACUAUUCCCCGCUCCACCAGCGACACUGACCUCGUCACCUCGGACAGCCGCUCCACACUCAUGGUCAGCAGCUCCUACUACUCCAUCGGGCACUCGCAGGACCUGGUUAUCCACUGGGACAUAAAGGAGGAAGUGGACGCUGGAGACUGGAUUGGCAUGUACCUCAUCGAUGAGGUCUUGUCCGAAAACUUUCUGGACUAUAAGAACCGGGGAGUCAAUGGUUCUCAUCGGGGCCAGAUCAUCUGGAAGAUCGAUGCCAGCUCUUACUUUGUGGAGCCUGAAACUAAGAUCUGCUUCAAAUACUACCACGGAGUGAGUGGAGCCCUGCGAGCUACCACCCCCAGUGUCACGGUCAAGAACUCAGCAGCUCCUAUUUUUAAAAGCAUUGGCUCUGAUGAGACUGCCCCAGGGCAAGGAAGUCGGAGGCUGAUCAGCUUUUCUCUCUCAGAUUUCCAGGCCAUGGGGUUGAAGAAAGGGAUGUUUUUCAACCCCGACCCUUAUCUGAAGAUUUCCAUUCAGCCUGGGAAACACAGCAUCUUCCCCGCCCUGCCUCACCAUGGGCAGGAGCGGAGAUCCAAGAUCAUCGGCAACACCGUGAACCCUGUCUGGCAGGCGGAGCAAUUCAGUUUUGUUUCCUUGCCCACUGACGUGCUGGAAAUCGAGGUGAAGGACAAGUUUGCCAAGAGCCGUCCCAUCAUCAAGCGCUUCUUGGGAAAGCUGUCCAUGCCGGUUCAGAGACUCCUGGAGAGACAUGCCAUAGGGGACAGGGUGGUCAGCUAUACACUCGGCCGCAGGCUCCCAACAGACCAUGUGAGUGGACAGCUGCAAUUCCGAUUUGAGAUCACUUCCUCCAUCCACCCAGCAGAUGAGGAGGAGAUGUCGCUGAGUACCGAGCCUGAGUCGGCCCAGAUGCAGGACGGCUCGGUGCGCACCCUGGCCGAGAGCAGCCGCAGGGAGCCCGCGUGUGCAGCGCCGGAGCCCUCGGAGGGCUGGAAGGCGGAGCGGCCGAGGGAGGGCUGCGCCCUGGACGGGUCAGGGAACCAGGGCCUGGAGCUCGCCGGGCCAGCGGAGGAAGCGGCUGGCACCGCUCUGGAGGGAGACGAGGGCUUGGUCUCUGUGGGACCCGAAGGGGGCGGGGAGCUGCUGGCCGCCGGGCAGAAGGACACCCCGCCUGUCCCGAGCGCAGAAGAGCUGGCGGAGGAGCUGGACCUGGGUGAGGAGGCGCCGCCGCCGCCGCUGCUAGAAGACGGGGACGCCACGGCCGAGGUGCCGGUGCAGGAGGACGCGGCGACGGAGCGCCGGGCCGGAGGGGAGGGGAAGGGUCCCGAAGAGGUGGAGGAGGAGGAGGGAGAGGUGUCCACCCUGGAGCAGGGCGGGGGCAGGCUGCAGCUGCGGGGCUCGGGGAAGAGGAAGAGCAGGCCGUGCUCCCUGCCCGUGUCGGAGCUGGAGACGGUGAUCGCGUCGGCCUGCGGGGAGCCCGAGACCCCGCGGACACAUUACAUCCGCAUCCACGCGCUGCUGCACAGCCUGCCCUCGGCUCGGGGCGCGGGCGCGGCGGACGAGGAGGACGGCGCCGAGGAGGAGUCCACGCUUAGGGACGCCUCGGAGAAGGACGGGCUCAGCGAGGUGGACACAGUGACUGCGGACCCGCCCGCGCUGGAGGAGGACGGGCACGGGCCCGAGGGGGCCACUCCGAGCGCGACGACGCCCGGCUUCCCCGACGGCGCGGCCCCGGACGGCGACACGCACCCCAGCACCGGCAGCGAGAGCGACUCCAGCCCGCGGCAGGGCGGGGACCACAGCUGCGAGGGCUGCGACGUGUCCUGCUGCAGCCCCUCGUGCUACAGCUCCUCGUGUUACAGCACGUCCUGCUACAGCAGCUCCUGCUACAGCGCGUCCUGCUACAACGGCAGCAGGUUCGCCAGCCACACGCGCUUCUCCUCGGUGGACAGCGCCAAAAUCUCCGAGAGCACCGUCUUCUCCUCACAGGACGACGAGGACGAGGAGAACAGCGCGUUCGAGUCGGUGCCCGACUCGGUGCAGAGCCCCGAGCUGGACGCCGAGUCCGCGAACGGCGCUGGGCCGUGGCAGUAUGAGCCGGCCGCGCCUGGCGCGCACGUGGCGAGAACCUCGGAAGGUCUGGAGUCCCCGGUGGCGGGUCCGAGCGCUCGGAGAGAAGGUGAAUGUCCUAUACUCCAUAAUUCCCAGCCAGUAAGCCAGCUUCCUUCCUUGAGGCCUGAACAUCAUCACUACCCAACAAUCGAUGAGCCUCUUCCACCAAACUGGGAAGCUCGCAUUGACAGCCAUGGGCGGGUCUUUUAUGUGGACCACGUGAACCGUACAACCACCUGGCAGCGGCCGACCACAGCAGCCACCCCGGAUGGGAUGCGGAGAUCGGGGUCCAUCCAGCAGAUGGAGCAACUCAACAGGCGGUAUCAAAACAUUCAGCGAACCAUUGCAACAGAGAGGCCUGAAGAAGAUUCUGGCAGCCAAAGCUGUGAGCAAGUGCCAACAGGAGGCGGCGGAGGUGGAGGGAGUGACUCAGAGGCCGAAUCUUCCCAGUCAAGCUUAGAUCUGAGGCGAGAAGGGUCACUUUCUCCAGUAACCUCACAAAAAAUCACCUUGCUGCUGCAGUCCCCAGCGGUCAAGUUCAUCACAAACCCCGAGUUCUUCACUGUGCUACACGCCAAUUAUAGUGCCUACCGUGUCUUCACCAGUAGCACCUGCUUGAAGCAUAUGAUCCUGAAAGUCCGCCGGGACGCUCGCAAUUUCGAACGUUACCAGCACAACCGGGACUUGGUGAACUUCAUCAACAUGUUUGCAGACACGCGGCUGGAACUUCCCCGGGGCUGGGAGAUCAAAACGGACCAGCAGGGAAAGUCUUUCUUCGUGGACCACAACAGUCGAGCCACCACUUUCAUUGACCCCCGAAUCCCCCUUCAGAACGGGCGUCUUCCCAACCAUCUGACUCAUCGGCAGCACCUUCAGCGGCUCCGCAGUUACAGCGCAGGAGAGGCUUCAGAAGUCUCUAGAAACAGAGGAGCCUCUUUACUGGGCAGGCCAGGACACAGCCUAGUAGCUGCUAUCCGGAGCCAACAUCAACAUGAGUCUUUGCCACUGGCAUAUAAUGACAAGAUUGUGGCAUUUCUUCGCCAGCCAAACAUUUUUGAAAUGCUGCAAGAGCGUCAGCCAAGCUUGGCAAGAAACCACGCACUCAGGGAGAAAAUCCAUUACAUUCGGACUGAGGGUAAUCACGGACUUGAAAAGUUGUCCUGUGAUGCAGAUCUGGUCAUUUUGCUGAGUCUCUUUGAAGAAGAGAUCAUGUCGUACGUCCCCCUGCAGGCUGCCUUCCACCCCGGGUACAGCUUCUCUCCCCGCUGUUCGCCCUGCUCCUCACCUCAGAACUCCCCAGGUUUACAGAGAGCCAGUGCCAGAGCCCCUUCACCCUACCGGAGAGACUUUGAGGCCAAGCUCCGCAAUUUCUACAGAAAACUGGAAGCCAAAGGAUUUGGUCAGGGUCCAGGGAAAAUUAAGCUCAUUAUUCGUCGGGAUCACUUGUUGGAGGGAACCUUCAACCAGGUGAUGGCCUAUUCCCGGAAAGAGCUCCAGAGAAACAAGCUCUACGUCACCUUUGUCGGAGAGGAGGGCCUGGACUACAGCGGCCCUUCCCGAGAAUUCUUCUUCCUUUUGUCUCAGGAGCUCUUCAACCCUUACUACGGACUCUUUGAGUACUCAGCAAAUGAUACUUACACUGUGCAGAUCAGCCCCAUGUCUGCCUUUGUAGAAAACCAUCUUGAAUGGUUCAGGUUCAGUGGUCGUAUCCUGGGCCUGGCUCUGAUCCAUCAGUACCUCCUGGACGCUUUCUUCACAAGGCCUUUCUAUAAGGCACUGCUGAGACUGCCCUGCGAUUUGAGUGACCUGGAAUAUUUGGACGAGGAAUUCCACCAGAGCUUGCAAUGGAUGAAGGACAACAACAUCACAGAUAUCCUAGACCUGACUUUCACCGUUAAUGAAGAGGUUUUUGGACAGGUCACGGAGAGGGAGUUGAAGUCUGGAGGCGCCAACACGCAGGUGACGGAGAAGAACAAGAAGGAAUACAUCGAGAGGAUGGUGAAGUGGCGGGUGGAGCGCGGCGUGGUGCAGCAGACAGAGGCGCUGGUGCGCGGCUUCUACGAGGUUGUGGACUCAAGGCUGGUCUCCGUGUUUGAUGCCAGGGAGCUGGAGCUGGUGAUAGCUGGCACGGCAGAGAUUGACCUGAAUGACUGGCGGAACAACACUGAGUACCGGGGAGGCUAUCACGAUGGGCAUCUUGUGAUCCGCUGGUUUUGGGCCGCAGUGGAACGCUUCAAUAAUGAGCAGAGACUGAGAUUGCUUCAGUUUGUCACAGGGACAUCCAGUGUGCCCUACGAAGGCUUCGCAGCCCUCCGAGGAAGCAACGGGCUCCGGCGCUUCUGCAUCGAGAAGUGGGGGAAAAUCACAUCUCUCCCCAGGGCACACACAUGCUUCAACCGACUGGAUCUUCCACCAUAUCCCUCGUAUUCCAUGCUCUACGAAAAGUUGUUAACAGCAGUAGAAGAGACCAGCACCUUUGGACUCGAGUGAGGACAUGGAACCCUGCCUGGCAUUUUCCUGGCCAGUGAACAUCAACCUUCCUAGGAUGAUCCAUCCUUCCCUUUCCCUGAAUUGACUCGCUUUUGAUUUUGGUAUUUCAUGAUUUUUAUUUUCAAACCAAAUCAGGAUUGACAAAAUUGUGCAUGAAGAACUGCCUUCUUCUAAGAUCUAACCUUCAGGCUUCUCUCCUCUGUUUUCGAUGAACUGCUAGCCUGUAUGCAAUAUUAAAACAAAAACAAAACAGCUGUCUAAAGGUCUGUGUAUAGCUCCACAUACCUCCAUUACUAACAGUGAAAUAAGAAUGCAAGUUAUGCUACACUUGACCAAAUGGUAAUAAAUGUUUACUUCCAUUUCUAUCAUUGAAGGGAAAAUUUGAGCAUUAAGCAUUCCAAGCUUUUAUACGCCCAGGUCUUCUGAGCAGAGCCACCAUGUUUUAUAAUUUCCAACAACCAGAUCCAGAUCUAGGAGCUAAUCAACUCUUUGCUUUCCUCCUUCUCCACUUUUUCCCCAGUGCAUACUCUCCAUCCAAAGGACAGCAGGGGCAAAACUGAAAUUUUUAUACAUCCAACUCAUUGAUUCACAUAUGGCAUCAGUCCCCUCAGCUGGAACUAGACAUAUGGUGCAAAUAUGACACUUCCCACAAUUAACAACCGCAAGAGAAACACCUGCUUCUGAUGCACCAUGGCGCAUCCCAAGGGCUGUGGGGAGUGUGGGUUCAACCCCAGUUCGGAGGGGUCUGGAGGGGGAGCACGAGAGAAGCACAGACUUGUGCGCAUGUGCAAGAAGGAAACCUUGACUGGCGUAGACAGAGGAUGAGGCUUCCAUCUCCCUUGCCUGGUAUAGAAUGUGGUGAUGAAAAUAGGAGAAAGGAAAGAAGGACGUUUUACAUUGAAUACCUGCUUUGUUUAGUCUAGCUGCAGUUCUCCUUCACAAACAAAAAAAACAUAUGGAUGAUCUCAUGAUAUUUGUUAAACCAAGUAUUACUUGCUUAGCAGACAAACCUUUUUUUGUUCUGACUUUGAUAUCGGUUUUAUCGUGCUUUCUUUUCUUUUCUUAAUCAUGGCGUUCAAGUUCCUUCACAUCUGACCAUGCACAGGGCCCACACUUAUUAAGAAGCUGCAGAGAGUGACGGUGCUCGUCAGGGGCCAAGGGCAAUCUGGUACUUCUUCUCCAUCCGCAGCAAUCCUCCUGGGGCAGAAAUGGGACACCCCCAAGGCAUGCCGAUUUGUGUCAAAAUAAAUAUUCAGUUUCUUUUAGCAUUCAGUAAAAACAUAUCUCAGAAAACUCAGUGUUGUCAGAAAAACAGUUGCAGGCUCCAAAGACAGCCUGACCUCUUGAUUACAUUUGAAAUAAACCCAAUCAUAAUGGCCAUUUGCUAUUCUUUGCUAACCUUGUUCUCCAUGUUGUCUGAAAUAUGUCAUAAAUGAAAGUGUUUUUCUUCACUGGGAAAAGAAGAGCUAAAGAGACUCCACUAUUUUAAUGACACAUUGUUGUUUUCAAUCCAUUAAUACAAGGGGGAAAUGUGAGGAAAGCAAGACAAAGUUAACUUCACACGAAGCCAAGCCUUGUGGCCGGUUCUACCAGUUUGUGUCUGGACAGUGCAUUAUUCAAGUCCCCUGCACUCUAAAAUAAAUCAUUCUUUUAGCAGGAAUUAUUUACAAUGCCCAGUACCUCUUGCUACUACUGUGUAUCUGCUGUCAAUCAGGGAGUGUAAAUUCUAGAAAUUUAGCCUUAGGUUAUCGUCCAAAAGGAAUAUUUACUAAAAUGGGAUGAAAUGUGCAAGUUAUGUAGAAUUUGAGGAAUAUGCAAAUUCAGUACAUAUUUCAGUAUCUGAAUUGUAAUAGAUUCCAAUGGAGCUAUUAUUUAUUUAGGAAAUCAGAACACAGGAUUAUGCAAGUCAUUGUACCAGUUCCUUAUUCUAAUUCUUUGAAUAGCUUCUCUAAGAGAGGGCCAUGUUUCAUCUUUAGAACUUGGUGUAAUACAUAUGUAAAUACUCCCUAAUUCAAACACCCAGCUCUUUUUUUAGUACUUACUCAGCAGAGGUUGGAAAGGAAGAGAGCUAUUCGUAAAAUGGAGCCAGUUACUGGGAGAUUUACAACUUACAUAAAAAUCUAAUUAAUCUAUUAAUCAGAUUUAUUACUUCUCUACACGAAAGGAAUGUGGUGUCUCCGAAAUUACAUAUAGAGAGGCAACUUUGGCGUAAGCAUUUUGUCAACUAGCUUUUCCUUAUCCACUACCUAAGCUAUGGCUCCAGAUAUAUCCCACAAAGCAUAAUAGGAACAGCAUUUCCUAAAAGUGCAAAACUCCAUAAAAAAUAAUGACAUCGAAGUCAUCUGAAAGAAACUAAAGCUCGCUUACCAGAGGCCCAGGGUGCCGCUGCAGAGAGUUAUGGGAGGAAAACAAAAGAGAAGCUCAGAAACAAGUUAUGCAGAGAUCUUUUUUGCCUCAUAUCGGAGGUUGAUUUUAAAAAAUAUAACAGCUAGAUAUAAAUAUAAUAUACAAAAUUAUGCCAUUAAUUUCAAUGGGUGAAGGUGUAAAACACCCCGAAUCAUAUAAUUCAAUUGGUAAGGCAGAUCUGUUUGUUACCACCCAUAAUAUCUUUUUAAUUUAAAGCAUGAGUUUUUUCCAUCGAGCCAAACUUCAAAAUGAAUUAUUUAUAAGCCACAACCUCCCUAAAACCAGAUCUUUUAGAUCUAGUUUUAAUAAUAAUGCCCUCGAUCAGGGGACAGGUAAGAACAAUAAAUAAGAAAAAAUUUAUAUUAACAACUUUGAAAAAUCCUUUUGAAAUGCUUUAAGGGGUUGAAUUCAUUCCAUGGAUAUCACAAAUGUUUUAUUCUGUAACAAGAUGAAAAAGAAAAAAGAAAUUGACUCUGUGGGGUCAGGAGAGGUUUUCUGAAUCUGCAAGCGCGUCACUUUCUGUCUAGGUGGUGGCUGUGAAAAUGCUGGGAGAGGGGUAAGAAAAUUAAGAAAAAGAGGUCUAUGAUUUGGAGGGGAAAAGUUUUACAUAUGCAACAGCUAAGUCUUUUUUCUUUUAAUAUGUCACCAAAUGUCCUUUAACAGUGAGUAUGUUUGUGUGACAAGCCAACCAGCUGAGUUUUCCAGAACAAUUCUAGUGUUACAUCAAUCUGCUGUCUGUCCAUGUGUCAAACCUUGUGUCCAAAAUCUGGGUUCAGAAAAUUUCUCAGUUGCCACAAAUAUUUUCCCAGUCAAGAAGAAACACUUUCAAAUGAAAGUAGUUAGAACUUUACAUAACAAAUGUGGUGCUUUAUUAUUAUUAUUAUUAUUAUUAUUAAUUAUUAUGUACUUCAGUGUUCAUUAUUAAAACUAUUGCAAUACUAUAACAUAAAAACCUGGGAUGGAUGUUCCAGCCAUCAUAAGGUCCAAAAGAGAAAGUGUUAUUUUCCUGUUAGUGACAUAUAGUCCCUUUGUUAUAGUAGAGAAAAAAAGGUGCCUAGAGGUAGUGUACAGAGUAAAUAUUGUUCCAUUAGCCUACUUCCUGCAGCUUCCAAUUUAUCUAAGGAAAUGUCUAUAACAAUUUUGUUUAAAAGUCUUUGUUCUAGUCAAUAGCAGAAGAAGCUCACGUUACUGGGCCGAUUUUGCUCACAUCAACAAGAGAAAUGUCACGUGAUACUCAGGCCUUGCUUUCUCUUCCAUCACACCGCCUUCAAGGAAUGUCAAUAAACUCACUUUGGUAUGG